AAUGCGGCAGCGCCACUGACUUCCCGAUGCUCUGGCGUCCGAGACCGACGCCGGUCUGGGAGCGGGAUGGAGCUGGACCGGAGGCUGCGAGCGGCUCCCACGCGUGGCAGCCGGGGGUCCGGGUGCUGAGUCCCGCCGGCGUGCGGCGAUAGCACGUCUCCCCCUGGCGCGUCGGGGGCGGCAGCCAUGGGCUCCCAGGACGUGCUGAGCGAGACCACCCGGCUGGCCUCCUCCAGCGCCCUGCUGCAGAUAUUGUUUCGGGUGAUUACUUUUGGCUUAAAUGCAUUUACUCUCCGCUAUGUAUCAAAAGAAAUGAUUGGCCUUGUGAAUGUAAGGCUAACACUGCUUUAUUCUACAAUUGUUUUCUUAGCCAGAGAGGCAUUCCGUAGGGCUUGUUUGAGUGGCAGCACAAAGCGAAAUUGGACCAAAACUAUUAAUCUUUUGUGGCUAACAGUUCCUUUGGGGCUGUGUUGGUCACUGUUCCUGGGCUGGAUCUGGCUACAGUUACUUGAAGUUCCUGAUCCUAACUCAGUUCCCUACUAUAAGAUUGGAGUAGUUGCAUUUGGUCUUUCUGCAGUGGUUGAACUUCUAGGAGAACCAUUCUGGGUUUUGGCACAAGCACAUUUGUUUAUAAGGCUUAAGGUAAUUGCUGAAAGUCUUUCAAUAAUCUCCAAAUGCAUUUUGACAGUUAUUUUAGUAGUGCUGUAUCCACAAUGGGGACUUUACAUUUUUUCUUUGGCUCAGCUUUUAUACACAAGUAUUCUGGUGCUAUGCUAUGUAAUGUAUUUCAUGAAGUUUUUGGGUUCUCCUGAAGCAACAAAGAAAUCUUUUCCAGUUUCUAGAAUGACAGAUCUGUUACCCAACUUGAUUGAAGACCAGACAGUGGUUGACUGGAAAGAGGCUAGGUUGACUUGGAGCUUCUUUAAACAAUCUUUCUUGAAACAGAUGCUGACAGAAGGUGAAAGAUACGUGAUGACAUUUUUGAAUGUGCUAAAUUUUGGAGACCAGGGUGUGUAUGACAUAGUGAAUAACCUUGGUUCUCUGGUGGCUAGAUUUAUCUUUUUGCCAAUAGAGGAGAGUUUUUACAUUUUCUUUGCUAAGGUGCUGGAAAGAGGGACGGAUGUAAAGCUACAGAAACAAGAUGAUAUUGCAAUGGCUGCAGCAGUGUUGGAGUCACUGUUAAAACUCGUGCUUCUGGUUGGCCUGAGCAUUACAGUUUUUGGCUAUGCCUAUUCUCAACUGGCUCUGGAUAUUUAUGGAGGUUCAAUGCUCAGUUCGGGAUCAGGUCCCAGUCUCCUGCGCUGCUAUUCUUUAUAUGUCCUGCUUCUUGCUGUCAAUGGAGUAACAGAAUGUUUUACAUUUGCUUCUAUGUGCAAAGAGGAGGUAGACAGAUUCAAUUUUGUUAUGCUGGCCUUGUCCUUCACAUUCUUGUGCGUCUCUUAUUUCUUGACUCAGUGGCAAGGCAGUGUAGGCUUUAUCCUUGCAAACUGCUUCAAUAUGAGUAUUCGAAUAGCACACAGCAUUCACUACAUCUACAAUUACUUCAAAGAGAGCUCUUACAGACCUUUGAAAGGGCUGCUACUCUCGCCAUCACUAAUUUUUGUUUAUAUUAUAAGUGGAGUAGUCACUGUUUUUUCAGAGAUAUUCUUGUGCUGUGAUAAAGGCUGGCUGGCAAGGCUGAUUCACAUCGUUGUGGGAGCUCUGUGCUUCGCAGCAACACUUAUCACUGUAUUCUUCACAGAGACCAAGCUGAUUAACUUUGUUAGAACGCAGUUCCUGUCACGAUAUACCAAGAAAGAAACUUAAAAUGAUUAUGUACGGAAUAAUUAUGUAUGUAUAUGUUUGCUACAAAGGUAUAUUUUAUAUAUAAAAUAUGCAUAGGAUAAGUUUUAAUGGCACCUUGUAAGGUUUCUUUAAAAAAAAAAAAAAAAAACCCAAACUCCCAUAGAAUAUUUUUAACACUGUGUAGCUGAAAUGGAAAUAUUUGGCAACCAGAUUCUAUUUCCAUUUUCAAAUAAUUUAAACUCAUAACAGGUUCCAACACAAAUUGUACCAACCCUGAGCCAGGUAAUUCUCCUUGUCAUUCUUAUCAAAGCUUUUUCCUUCAUAACAGUAUUGCCUAACUUUGUGUUUUAGCAGAAUGAAAUAACUAGGACUUACGCUGAUGCAAAUCUUCCUUUUGGGAUGCACCUAUUGUUACAAAUGGGACUGCCAAGUGUGACAGUGUCAAAGAGUUAGACUUGACCCACUUUUACACAACUAUCAAAUAUUGAACUGGAUGAAUGACCCUUCAGAGAAAGUGAGGCCACUUAAUUAUUAAGAAAAUAUAUUUACUUACCAGAGUAUUGACUAGUAUGCCAAAAAUAUACUACUUCAGUGUUCACUAAACUACACAAUAUUGUGUUUUGAAAGGAAGUUCUGCAAAUUGUAAGCCCUCUCUGUUCUUUCUCAUGGGUGCAAGUCACAGCUGAAAUUUCCCAAAGUCCAGAAGCUCAAUAGAGUUAAACUUAAAUUCUGUAACUUUUUUUAUCUCUAUUUUUAGUCAAUUUAUAAAUACCAGUGCAAACAAAAAUUUAAAUAAAAAUAUUC